AUGGUUAUGAGUGACUUUACAUUCUCCUUCAGUAAACUCAUGAGUAUGUUGGACAAAGUCUUUAACCCUCUGGACCAUGCUGGUACUGUCACUUGUGACUGUGUUGGUGAUAAUCCAUUCCUUCCUGAAAAAGAAGAAAUAGAAGGAGUAUCUGUAGGUGCCAUACUUUCUGAUUAUCAACGUGUGCGAGUAGAAAAUGUGGGAGGGGAGUGUCACAAGCUUGUGUGUUUGUUUGCUUACCAGCUACCUUACUUGUUUUAUCCAGGUCUUAAUAACUGGUUCAGACUGACAGGGUUCAUAGUCAUCCUUCCUGGGCCUGGGAUUAAAGGCUUAGAUCCUGAUAAGCAUCUUGGGAAAACCCUGAAUGAAAUGGAGCCUUAUCUUUUCGAGCUUUCUAAGAAGUAUGGUGUCCACGUAUGUGGGGAAGGUGGCGAGUAUGAAACAUUCACUUUGGAUUGCCCUCUAUUUAAGAAGAAAAUCGUUGUAGACUCCUCAGAAGUAGUCAUACACUCCGCUGAUGCAUUUGCACCUGUGGCUUAUCUGCGACUUUCAGAGCUGCACCUGGAAGAAAAGGUGUCUUCAGUACCUGGGAAUAACGAAACAACUAAUUAUGUACACCAUUCUUGAAAUUUUAUGGUGCAUUUUAAAAAUUAUUUUGACCAACUUUUCUCAUUAUGGUUUUGUUCCUUUUCAAAAAAUAUAAUGGGACAUUGAUUAACUGGAAAAAUUUCAGUUAACUCUUCUCUAAUAGUGCCAAUUUCCUCACUUUCUUUUUUAAAAGAUAAUUUAUUUUUUGAGAUUAUAAUGUAAUUACAUCAUCUUCCUCCUCUCCCUUUCCUCCACACCCCUCUUUGCUCACUUUCAAAUUAAAGCCUUUUUCCCCCUUCCUGUUGUUAUAUACAUAACCCUUUCUAUGUCUCUCUGUUUCUUUUCGUCUCUGCCUCUCUCCCACUUUGUCUCGCUCAUUCUACACACACAUACACAUGCACACUUUCUUAAGUACAUAAAUACAACUUGCUUAAUCUGUAGAAAGAUGCCUGCAUGUAUGUUUUCAGGCCUGGCCAUUUCUUAUUGGAUACCAAACUGGUGUGCUCUUCCCUGGGGAAGACAGUUUCUUCUGCUCUCAACAUUCCUUAAUUGCCUGAAGUCCUUUGUUGAAGCAGCAUGGCUGCUGGUGUCCUGCUUGUUGAGCUCAUGUUUAGACAGCCACCUUAGUAAGGCGUCAUGGGUGCAGCUUCAGAUUCCUGGAAGAAGCAAACCCCAUGAUCCUCUGGUCCUUAGGUCUUUCUGCCUCCUCUUCACUUUCUUUUUUGAUAACAAGUCUCAGGACCUUUUUAUUACCCACCUCUCUCUCUCUCUCUGACAUUUCCUUUUCACACUUCUUUCCUCCCUUUCUUUCUUACCCCAUGUCUUGGAGAAGAGGAAUCAGAAAAUGAAGAAGACUACUCUAUCUAGACAAAUAAGCUUACUGUAAUCAAGGGGUCAUCAAUGUGAUUUCCCAGAAUAUCAUGUAUUAAUAUCAGUUAUUAAUAUGCAUUUGGUUCCCUUGUGUCUUGUUAUGACUGUUUCUACUUUUGGUGACUGUGAAUAAAGCUGCUAUCAACAUUCACGUACAAAUUUUCUAUAAAUGCAAAUUCAGUUCAUUUGUAUAACUAUUAAAGAGCAUAAUUACUUGAUGGUGAA